GUUGUGGCUUCCACAUCAAAGAGAUAUAUAUUCCCUUUUCUUUCUUCGAAUUCCACACUCAUAUAUAUAAUACUAGCAAGUUACAAGCGCAACCCAAUUUACUACAUUUCUCCCAUUCCUUAUUCCAUUCCUCUCUUUCUCCUCCAUUUCCCUUUUAUUUUCAGUCUGGUUUCUAGCGCAGAUCAUGGACCGAUGUCGUCGAAAACGACCCAAAACCGCCACUUCUGAGUCUGACGAGGUUAUUAGCAAUGAAUGGGAAUUCAUAAACAUGACUGAACAAGAAGAAGAUCUCCUCUAUAGAAUGUAUAGGCUCGUUGGGCCCAGGUGGGAUUUAAUAGCCGGUCGGAUUCCAGGUCGAAAACCAGAAGAAUUAGAGAGAUAUUGGAUCAUGAGACAUUGUGAUACGUUUGCUGACAAAAGAAAUCAGCAAACGAAAGACAACUCUAAAAAAUGUUGGUCGUCGAAUGUUUAAUGGCUUCAAGUAGUUGUCUUCGUCUUGGAUGGUUAUUGUGGCUUGGCUUCUGUCUGUUUCUUGUGCAGUAGUUUAGUUCUUGCAAUUAUCUGUCUCUGUCUCUUUCUCUGUUCAGGUAAACUCUGAAAGUAAAUUCUUUCCCUAGAAUCAGGAUCCCCUCCUGAGCCAGGGCUGUAAGAAAUGACGAAAGAAAAAGAAAAUGCAUGGCAAGGUGAAUUUCUUGAUGAA